AUGUUAACUUUGGCGCAGGCCGCUUUUGUGUACUCUUGUGUAACUUCGAUUCUUUUACCCUUAACUGCGGCUAGAUCAAUCCGUGGCACAUCCGUCUGCAACGGGUAUGCUGAACUCUGUAGUCGAACUUUCGGUAAUGUUUCAUACGUUGGGGCGCAUGAUUCUUACGCUGUGGCUCCCGGAAGUAUUUCCGCAAAUCAGGAUUACAAUGUCACAACUCAGUUAAAUGAUGGCAUCCGAAUGUUGCAAGUUCAGGUUCACGAUUCAAAGGGCGUACCACACCUGUGCCACACAAGCUGCUCGCUACUAGAUGCUGGUCCAUUUGUCAAUUAUUUGACCGCUGUCAAGGAAUGGGUGGAAGCAAACCCAACAGAAGUUAUUUCGAUCCUUAUUGUCAACUCAGACAGUAUAGCUCCCACUAUUUACGACCAAAUUUACAAAGCCGCGGGUCUUAAUGUAUAUUCCUACUCCCCACCCUCGGCUACCAUUGAUGGAUCUCAAUGGCCUACCCUUGGAACCCUAAUCGAUCAGAAAAAGACGGUCCUUACGUUCAUGGACUAUCACGCCGAUUUUACAAAUGUAGCCUACAUAAUUGAUGAAUUCUCUAAUAUCUGGGAGACCGCCUACGACGUGACGGACCAGACAUUCAAUUGUGCCGUCAAUCGCACUGGUGAAGCGGGAAAUAAGAUGUACCUGAUUAACCACUUUUUAGACAAAGAAGAGACCUUGUUCGGAAUCACAUUUCCGGUGCCAGACACCUCAAAGCUGAACGAAACAAACGCCGUGAGCGGGCCGGGCUCUUUGGGAUUACAAGCCGAAGAGUGUGGCGCCCAGUAUCAGAAAUACCCCACAUUCAUGCUUGUCGAUUUCUAUGAAUAUGGUGGUGGAUCUGUAUUUCAAGUUGCAGCUCAGCUCAACGGAGUUACAUAUUCUUCACCCACCCCAUUACCCACUCCAUUACUCACUACUACAUCAAUCGCGGGACAAUCCCAGCCCCCCAACCCCAACGGAUCCGUUGCUCGGGUAUACUCAGAUCCAAUUAUCCGAUUUGGGGCGCUGGUAGCUGGCGUAGUUGCUGGAGUAAUGCUCGUUAUCCAAUAA